AUGAUCAAUUCGCUAAUAUUCUCCACGGUUCGUGGAAUAGGAUCGUUUUUAACAUCUGAAACUUCAAAUUUACCAAGUAUUGAAGCAUCCGAAGUUGACAAAAGGGUAUUAUCAGUGGCUUGGAACCAAGACUGGAGCGGUUUCAUUGUCGGAACAAUUCUAGGGUUUAAUGUAUAUAGCUCCGAACCAAUCAAGGAAAGCAUAAGCCGCGAUGAGCAUAACACUGGCUUCAAAAUCGCGGAGAUGCUCUUUCUUUCUAACCUCUUCGCUCUUGUUGGCAAUGGUUACAACUGCUCCGAGUAUCCUCCUAACAAAGUCUUCAUUUGGGACGAUCAUAGAAACUGCUGCGUCCGCGAGAUCACUCUCAAAUCAGAAGUAAUCGCGGUGAAACUGAGAAGAGAAUACAUUGUGGUUGUUCUCAAACGAAGCAUCUAUGUCUACAGUUUCAAAGACCUCAAGGUUCACGCUCUGAUAGAUACCGUUAUGAAUCCGAAAGGGUUGUGCUGCGUCUCUCAAGCUGAGGCGAAAGCAGUUUUGGCUUGUCCAGGGUUGCACCAGGGGCAAGUUCAGGUCCAUGACUUGAGAAGGAAUACAAUCAAAUGCAUCAAAGCACAUGAUUCUGAUAUUGCUUGCAUGACUUUGACUCUCGAUGGAAGUUUGCUCGCAACCUGUAGCACCAAAGGAACUCUGGUCAGGAUCUUUAACGCCCAUGAUGGUACUCUCUUACAAGAGUUUCGGAGAGGAAUGGAAAGAGUAGAGAUCUACAGCAUUGCAAUCUCUUCGAAUCUUAAAUGGGUCGCUGUGUCGAGUGAAAAAGGGACUCUCCAUGUGUUUCAUUUAAGACCUGACAUUCUUAGUUCACCAAAAACCAUCGCCCAGGUUUCAUCAUUUUCAUACAUAAGAGGGUACUUACCAAAGUAUUCAUACGACAACGAACGAUCGUUUGCUCAGUUCUCGCUGCCGGUUUCCACAAAGUCCAUUGUAGGUUUUGGACCGGAGAACACAGUUGUUCUCGUAGGCAUCGAUGGAAGGUUUGAUAUUGGACAAGGAGGGAAGAUGGUGGAGUUGGAACACAAACGCUUCCUCUCUUUACCGCAAACAGAGGACACAAUGGUUGUCACGUGA